UUGUUCAGAGUGGAGAUUCUUGACGUGCGUCUUCGAGAGGGCAAUCAAAGAGAGCGUCAGACUCAUUUACUCGAAGUUCAUACUCUGCUACCCUCUCCCUCCUUCAAAAACCACACACUUGGAGUUGUUGAGUUCAGAAGAGGAUGGGGAACUGUCAGGCGGCGGAAGCGGCCACGGUGGUCAUCCACCACCCUGGGAAUCACAAGAUCGAGAGGAUUUAUUGGUCCGUAAGUGCACACGAGAUCAUGAACUCCAACCCCGGCCACUACGUUGCGCUCCUCCUCACCUCCUCCACUUUCAACUCCCAAAAUGGAAACCCAAUCAAGCAGCUCAAGCUACUCCGUCCCGAUGACACUCUUCUCAUCGGCCAUGUCUAUCGUCUCAUCUCAUUCGAAGAUGUGCUGAAGGAGUUUGCUGCGAAGAAAUGUGUGAAAUUAGGGAAGUUGCUGAGAGAGGGAGGAGCACUGUCGGUGGGGAUGAAGAUCAAGCCCUCGGAUUCUGCUUCAAAUUCAUCCCAAAAUCAUAGGAAGCCGGAGCGUCGCCUGGAAAGCAGCAAUGCCGGCGGCAGCGGAGGCGGAGGAGGACAGAGAAGUAUGGGAAAGCAUUAUGGGGGUGGAUGUCAAUGGAGGCCAGCUUUACAGAGCAUUGAAGAAUUUGGAAUUAAUUAACCCGAUCUCUAUCUUUAUACGUUUAUAUGUCAUCUCUCGGCCUCUGCAGCAUUAUUAAGUUCUUUCCAUCUAAACUCUGCACCCAACUUAAUUAGUCUAAGAUGGUUCCAUGAGUUUUCUUUAAUGUAAAUUAUGCCCGAGAUCAUAUUAUAUAAUUCCUCAAUCACUGUUC